GGUCAGAUCUUCGGUGGAAUAAAUGACUACGUCGCCAGUGGUGCAUUCGCAAACGUUUACAGAUGUGAAUGGAGACAACCUUCGGGCCCUAUCAAGAAGGUCUGGCUAAUGGGAAGCGCUGGCGUCACUUGCUGAUCAGCCUGUCCAUAAUCGCACUACAGGUCGCAGUAAAAUCCUUCAGGCAUCACAUUGAUCGUUCCUCGGAGCAGGACUUAAGAAGAUUUCGACGAGAAACUGCAAUAUGGGCACACCUCGUCCACGACAAUAUCGUCAAACUUUACGGAACGACAGAGGAGUUCGGGCCAACCACAGCCCUUGUCUCCCAGUGGUUUCCGGACGGCACGCUAUCCCAUCUGAUCACAGAAAAGGGUGCUACAUUAACCAUCAAGUCCAAGUUCGAGCUGCUUCACGGCAUAGCAUCUGGGCUCUACUAUCUUCACUCUUUUCCCGUUGUUCACGGUGACAUUACGAGUAUCUCAAGGAAGGAGAAUACAAAGCUUGCCUCACGGACUUCGGCUUGUCGAGUGUCCUCUGCGAACGUUUAAAAAAGUGCCAAAUUGAAGGAUCAACUGUUCGGCCUGGUGCAAUCAGGUGGACUGCGCCUGAAUUGCUUAUGUCACAUGAUCGCCCUUCCGACAUCAAACCGACCACGCAGAACGAUAUCUAUUCCUUUGGUUGUGUCAUGUACCAUCUGUUGACUCUGACUGUUCCUUGGCAUGACAUCGACCAAUUUAAAGUCCUUCAAAAAA